AUGGUUGCUAUGGACUUCGAUUUGAAUAUGUUACCGUUACCCGAAGAAGAAGACGAACAGAUUUCGGAAGCUGCUGUAGAACAAUAUCCCAUGUCUGCAGCAAAACUAGAAGCAAAACUAUUCGGAGUAGAUAUAGCACACAGCGAGAACCAAGAGAGGCAUAAGCGAACGAGACAAGAACAAUGUUCAGAUGAUCAAACAUCGAUAUCUCAACCGCCUCCUUCAUCUCAAAUUCAACCAGAAAAUUUUGCCAGGUCUUAUGACACAUCUAAGCUGCCCCCAGGGUGGUUGGAUUGCCCAUCGUUUGGUCAAGAGAUACAUGUCAUGAUACCUUCUAAAGUGCCACUAGGUGAAUCCUACAAUCAUCAUGUUCCUCCUGGUAAAAGAUACUCAUUCAAGCAAGUCAUUCAGAAACAAAGACAGCUCAAAAGAGAACUAGGUUUGGUGAUUGAUUUGACCAACACAACUCGUUACUAUCCAACUUCUGAUUUGAAGAAAGAGGGUAUUAGGCAUGUUAGGAUUCCAUGCAAGGGGAGGGAUUCGGUACCGGACAAUCUUUCGGUGAAUAGGUUUGUCUAUGAGGUCAUACGAUUCAAGCAGAUGUACCCGAAGAAAUAUAUCCUUGUGCAUUGUACACAUGGACACAAUCGAACAGGGUUUAUGAUCAUACAUUGCUUAAUGCGCACGCUACCAGUGCAUACAGUCACUGAAGAAAUACAAAUAUUUGCUAAGGCACGCCCUCCGGGAAUAUAUAAACCUGACUACAUUGAUGCUCUAUACGCAUCCUAUCAUGAAAAGAAGCCUGCAGAAGUUUGCCCGCCUGUUCCUGAGUGGAAGAGAUCUUCGGAAUUGGUUCCAGAUGAAUAUGAAGAUGAUCAUCAAGGUUUGAAUGAGACUCAUCAGGACAUGGAUACAGAUAUAAUGACAAAUGAUGAUAUCUUGGGUGAUGAGAUACCUCCUGAACAGCAAGAGGAGAUGCGGCUGUUCUGCUGCCAAACUCUCAAUCCACGUUCUAGGAAUAUAAGCUCAAAAUUCCCAGGGUCACAUCCAGUUUCUCUUAGCAGAGAAAAGCUGCAGCUGUUGAGGCAGAGGUAUUAUUAUGCUACUUGGAAAGCUGAUGGGACACGGUACAUGAUGUUAAUAACUAAGGACGGGUGUUACUUGGUUGAUAGAAAAUUCAAUUUCAGAAGAGUUCAGAUGAGGUUUCCUUGCAAGCACACAAAUGGUUUAGCUGAGAAGAGUACUAGUACUCACCACUACACGUUACUAGAUGGGGAGAUGGUGAUCGAUACUGAGCCAGGUUCACAGAAGAAGCAGAGAAGAUACCUAAUCUAUGACAUCAUGGCAAUCAACAAACGUCCUGUGGUACAGUUUCCUUUUCACGAGCGGUGGAAGAUGAUUGAGGAAGAAGUAAUCCAGCCUCGGAAUGAGCAGCGUAGAGUUUACCAAAGCAGGAAUAAUGCUAACUACAGAUAUGACUUGGAACCAUUCACGGUGAGGAGGAAGGGGUUUUGGUUGCUCUCUACGGUUGAGAAGCUCCUGAAGGAAUUCAUUCCAAGGCUUUCACAUGCUGCAGAUGGUGUGAUCUUUCAGGGUUGGGACGAUCCAUAUGUUCAGGGAGCAGAUGAAGGCCUUCUAAAGUGGAAAUAUCCAGCAAUGAACUCUAUUGAUUUUCUAUUUGAGGUAGGUGGUGAUGGCCAGCAACAGCUUUUUCUUUAUGAACAAGGAAAGAAGAAACUGAUAGAAGGAUAUAGGAUUACGUUUAAAGAUGGUAUGGAAUCCUUUUGUUCUGGAAAAAUAUUAGAGUGUUCUCGAGGUUCUGAGACAAAAGAAUGGGUCUAUAUGAGGACUAGGACUGAUAAAUCGGCUCCAAAUGAUAUCAAUACCCACGACAAGAUUAUGCAAAGCAUGAAGGACAAUAUCACACAAGAGGUCUUACUAAAUGAGAUAGAUGAGAUCACUCGUUUGCCUAUAUAUGUCCAUAGAAUACAGAAAGAUAGCAAAGCACCAGAGAGGCAUACAAGUUCAGCAAAGUAA